AUGAUCAGCCCCCUGGGUCUUCUGCUCUUCUGGAACAGCUGGAGACUCCUUGCUGGUGCAGGCGAUGGGCAUACCGUGUGCGUUCUCGUGGAGGUGGCACAGGGUGCGGAUCUACGAGCUCUUCGAAAGACAUGGGCCAACAACGGGACUUCGGUCCGCUUUGUCAGACCAGAGGCGUUCCCAAGGCGCAAGCUGCGUGUGUGGCGCUGGGCUGCAAGUUGGAUUCCAAAAGAGUGCGAGUGGCUGUUGACGGUGAAGAGCUCCUCCUAUGUGAACCUGAAGAAGGUGAGGGAGCGGAUUGGAUGCUUUUCCAGUGAUCCGUCUUUGAAGUACCUCGGCUUCCUGAAGGCGGAGGGCACGGUCCGGUCGGGCGUGCCGGGCGUGGCGGUGGCGGAGGGGCGCCUGGGGAUCGUGCUGCGGCGGAGCUUGCUGAGAGGGCUACCGAAGAUGUUGGAGCGCUGUGAGGAGCAGCCUGAGAUGGCUGGCCUGGAGGAGGACGUGUGGCUGGGUCGCUGCCUUUGGCAACACGACGUCCAUUUUGCUUCCUUUUUGGAUCCUGAGGAGGUCUUUUUAGAGGACCUGGAGCUAGCAGGGUCAUACAGCAAGGCUUGGAAGAGGUUAGCUGUUGAGACUGAGUAUCUCUACAGCAAGCUCAGCGUGUUGCAAUGCCUUUUGGUUCUUUCGGGCUUGACACCAGAGGACUUGGUGGACCUUCAUCGCCAUGUGGGGAAGAGCCAACGUUGGCAUCCUGGCAUUGCCUGUACGCUCCGCGGCCUCACGUGGCCCGAUGCGCGGCAUCCGCUGGACGCCACGCGGCCGAGCCUGGAACCGGAGGUCCGCCAGGCCCUGCAGGCCUGCUUCCUCUCCCGCGCGUACACAAGAUGGCGAGACGGAAAAUAUGGCGGUGGGCAGUUGGAGCUGACCUCGCCCGAGGAUUUGGCCAAGGAAUGGGCCUCUCCAUCGGCUCUGACGACCGGUCUGGCGGCGGACGUCUUGCGGCGCGCUGGGCACAAAGUGUGCGUCUUCGUGCUCACGACCUCUGCGACCGCCAAGCACCGGGCAGAUGCUCGCGCGGUGGUGAAGACUUGGGCGGCCCAGCCGCGACCACCAGGUGUGGAAGUCUUCAUGGUGAAAGACAACUCCUGGUCUACAGAGGAGCUCGUAGGUGCCAGCUUCGCUGCGCGGGGCGUUCGGCGUAGCGGGGCAAGGAAGUCCCACCAAGCCAGUCCCACCUGGGCAGAUCCAUCUGUCGCGAUGGUCGGUGCGGACACCGAUCCUGCGCGUCCCUCUCCGCUCCGGCGCGCGGGCACGGUGGCCCGGCAACUGCUGGCCGCACCCGUGGCAUCCGACGAUGUGGACCUGGAUGAAGUGGCCUAUGGGUGGCUGGCUUCGGGUUUUGGUGGAGAGAGCGAAUGGGAGUGA